UCCUGUUUUGAUUUAUUGUAAAUUGUUCUCCGACUCUGGUAAGAUUGAAGAAUCUGCACAUAUUACAAAUGAAGAACUGUAGACAUGUGACAAUUUAUACUCAAUAUGGAUUUGACUUGAAACAUCUCAUAUAUAUAUUCAAACAAGAACUAUUUGCAUACAAGUUCAUAGGAGCUGACACUAAACUUUUGUGAUGCUAUUUACUAGUGAUUCCAACAAAACCUGAAUACAGUACACCAAUUCUGCUAUACAGAACUUAGUAUUCAAGUAAAAUCAAAAGAAACCAGAAGAAGCACAAUAAUAAAAAAUGGGUAUAAAGCUACUGAUUCCUAUGGACCUCUGUUACGGGUCUAUGUCCUUGUUCUUAACAAUUUUACAUAAUGUUUUUCUAUUAUAUCACGUUGAUAUGUUUGUUACAGUUUACAAAAUCGACAAAACCUCAUUUUGGAUUGGUGAAACAGUUUUCCUGAUUUGGAAUUCAUUUAAUGAUCCACUAUUUGGUUGGCUCAGCGAUAGUAAAUAUCUCAGCAAUUCUGUUUCCACAAGUCAAGACAUUGUUAUGCAACGGCUAAAUAAACUAUCUAUAAAUGGUCCCUUGUUUACGUUGACAUUUUUAAUGUUUUGGUUUCCAUGGGGAUAUCCAUGGUUACAGUUUAUUGUUUGUUUAUGUUUGUAUGACACAUUUUUAACCAUGAUUGAUCUCCAUCACUCAGCUUUACUUGCCGAUCUUGCAAUAUCGUCAGAAGCACGGACUAAGUUAAAUGCCAAGAGUUCAUUAUUCAGCGCUCUAGGGUCAGCAUCUGUGUUCUUGUCCUACAUUUUAUGGGACAAAUCUAAUUUUACCUCCUUCAGGAUCUAUUGUGUAUGUAUAUCUGUUGUUUCCUUACUUGGAUUUACUGUGAUGGCCAGUGCAAUGAAACAGUCUUAUGCCAAAGUACAUCAUGUACAUACGAUGACAACCAGAAAGACAGAGCCUAAUGAAAGACCAGAAGCAGCAGCAUUACCUCAAAGCAAGUCUGUUUUAGUCUUUGUCAAACAGCUUAUGAAACACAAGAAUUUUAAAUAUUUUUCUGUGAUGAAUCUAAUACAGGUUUUCCAUUGUCAUUUCAACAGCAAUUUUUUCCCACUGUUCCUAGAGAACCUAUUAGGUGGUUAUAGUACUGGUUUGGGAGCUUUUCUUAUAGGAAUAUCCUUUUUAGCACCACAUAUCAACAAUUUAUAUUUCCUGUCUCUGUGUAGACGAUUUGGAGUCUACAAUGUGAUAAAUCUGCUGUUUUUUGUCAAACUGUUGAUCAGUAUUGUUAUGUUUGUAGCAGGACCAAAAAAUAUAUGGUUACUAUGCCUGUUUGUAGCUAGUAACAGAGUGUUCACAGAAGGAACGUGUAAAUUAUUAAAUCUUGUCAUCAGUGAUUUAGUUGAUGAAGAUUUUGUCAUACAUAAACGUAAGAAGGCUGUGUCAGCGUUAAUGUUUGGUACAGCUGCACUCGUCUCUAAACCAGGACAGACAUUUGCUCCAUUGCUUGGUACAUGGCUGUUAGCUUUACAAACAGGUCAUGAAAUUUUUCAACAAGGAAGUAGUGUUAGUGGUCUGAAUGCAGAAAUAACCAGUCCAAACCCAACAUUUCUAGAUCAGCAAAGACAUGGAAUCUUUAACAUGCUUGUUUAUGUACCAAUCGUAUGUGCCUCAUUACAGCUGUUUAUUUGGUCUCGAUUUACACUGAAGAAUGAUAGACUGAAAUGGGUGAAGUCUGCUCGGUCUGGGGCUGAGCAUUCUAUUGUUUAGACAUCUUUUAAAAUUAUUUUGAUGUUCAGGGAUACUGAUUAUGGGUGUUCAUUAAUUGAAACAUUAAUCAUCAUGGUGCUUUAAUUGAAGAAAUAGUGAUUUGAAUCUAUUUUAAAAUAUUAACGUUUAUGUCUUAUCUUUCUCAUUUUUUAUUAAAAAAGGAAAAUAGUAAAACAAAGAAUUGAAUUGUAAACUUUAAUUGUAAUUGAUGUCAGUAGAACAUAUUGAAAAAUAUUGUUUUUUCAGAAUCACAAUUAUAACUUUUCUUUGAAAUUGAUAGGUUGAAAGCUGACCAAAAAUGAAAAACUGACCAAUUUACAUUUAGAUAUUCCUAGUACAUGAAGUGUUAACUAUUAUAACUAGCAAUUUUUUUUACAGUGCUCACAAAUGUCAAUUGUAAAAACCAUUGCUAAAUAUUGUUAUUUCUAUAGCAAUGUAUUUAAAAACAAUCCAAUUGUGCUCUGACAGCAUUAUAGAUAAAAAUACCAUUCAUUGGUGAAAAAGGUAUAUAACCUUAAUUUGUAGUUCAAAUAUUUACUAAAAAUCGUAUAUCUAUUUCUGGAACAACCAACUCCUUGUAUUAUUUUGAAAUGUUGCUACAGAAAUUAAGGUAAGGUUUAGCAGGUAAACAGUAUAUUUUGUAUGUAAAACUCUUGCAAUUUAAAAUUAUGUCCCUUUUCUCAAUAAUUUCUGCAGGUCUUUUAUACUUAUUUCCUUAAUUAAUCAAAGCCUCAGUAAAAAAGUCUUUGCGUAGCAAAACUCUGAUUUCCAAAUACUGGAUAUUGCACCAUCAAAUGAAGUAAACUGAAAAGAACAGAUUGAAUUUAAGCCUCUAUAUAAAAAAUGUAUGUCAGUUUCUUUUGGCUGAACAGCAUGCUUAAAAACUGUAUUUCAGUUAUAAAGAUGAGAGGGUUGAUUAGGGUUUGCUUUUU